CGCAAAACCAAAGAGGAUCAAGAGUUUGAAAAGCUAGAGAAAAGACAGCAAAUCACAGGAGAGCUGGAAAUAGGUGGCCAAAGUAGGUGAAAUUUAAGCAUGUGCUAAAUACUUAUAAAAUACAUUUGAAGGUGACUGUCAACAAAAUCAAAAGAGGCCACUUUUGCCGAGACAUACAGUCAGCUCUGCUUUCUAAGACGGACACCUUUGGGAUUGGCACUAAAUGUCCAUCUUAUAGAGAGUCACACAAAGGGGAGAAAGGAAAGGAUAGGACCAACUCAGUGUCCGUUUAAGCGAGGUGUCCGUGUUAUAGAGGUGUCCGUUAAGAGAGAGUCGACUGUAACCUUAUGAAAAUCCAACGAAAGUGUUCGUAGUAAUGGAAUCUCUUGAGACUGGCCUACCCUACCACACUUAGAUUAAAAAUGAGGGUCCUUGGGUGACGGCGGGUUGGAAAUAAAUGGAUAAGAAGUUAACAACUGUUAGUUUACAGUUGAAUCUCUAAUAAACGCUAACACCUCUGUUACCACUUUUUAAGCGACCAACCGAUAUAUACAUGGUCGCUACUUUUUCUUUCCCAGGGGGGUGGGCAAGGUUCGACUGUAGUUAUCUAUAGCUAGGACAAGUUAUAUAAUUAGAAACCACUUUCUAAGAAGCACACUUGAAGAAUACAUUCAUGUCUUUCUUGCCUCCCACAUGUGUGCAUCUUCAGUUAGUAUAUCAUCAUAGUUCUAAUGAAAACUUGGAUCAGAAUUUUUUUACAUCGUGCGAGUUCCGACAAACCAGUUAAACUAAGAAUGAUUAAUACAAAUUUCAUCAAAACUAAAAUUGUCGAGCGUUGCCAAAGGAUAUCAAAUCCGUUAUAAUGAUUCAAGUGCUCCUUUGACAAAAUGCAUCCCAUGUCCUUUAUAGGGUUUGAGAGUCUUGGUUGUUGGCGAGAUGCAUGGUCGCGUAGCCUGCCCACGCUAGAAGGAGAGCACUAUUUACUAAUGGAUCCAAACUACAAAGGUAGACGACAUGCCCUAUUUAAGUGCGCAAGAGCAGCCUUAGACAAAGGCUAUAAUUUGUUCGGUAUUGAGAAUGGCGGACAGUGUUUUGCCAGUGCCGAUGAAGAUAAAGGUUAUCACAAGUAUGGAGCUUCGAAAGAAUGCAAAGGUAAAAACGGCUUGAAAAUCGUACCUUUUUAAGCUAUAUUUUAAGGAUAUAUAGUGGCAGCUGUUUUGGUUAGCCCUUAUGUUAUAAUAAGUUCUGAGGAUAAGACGCAACUUCGAGUCGCUUUCAAAGCAAGUUAUGAAAUAACGUUCUUCGCCGCCUUGUUUCAGGGGAUGGUAAAGGUGGUCCAUGGAGUUUACAAGUCUAUCGGUAAGUAUCUUUCCCAAGGGGCGCUGGCAAAUUUUAUCAUUUCAUAAUUAUUCGUAUCAACCUAUAAGAGAAAAGCCCUGGGGACGAGGCUGUUUUAUUACCAUCUGCAUGUUGCAGCCGUGAAUUCUCCCUCAGACAUACACUGUUGAAACAGCCAAAAACUGUCAUCUUAGCGGAGGUGUCUGCCUUACCACAGCUAUAAUGAGACACUGAAAAAAAAUUGGCAGAGAUCUGAACUCUAGGCAACAGUUUUUUGGGAGGUUUUGCGACUUAUAGAGAUAGUUGAACAGUCAGUGUUUUUGUCUUUGUAUUUUUAGGCGGAUUUUUGAAAACGUUACCGCCAAAUGGACCUUUUCUGUCCAACGGUAUUUUUUGGCCAAAAACUAUCCUCAUAGUAGCCAUUAUAAAAACUAAGAGUGAAACCAUUGGCUUUAUUUUUCUUCUCCUCACUUUCUUUCUCCUCGAUCUUUCUUUUUCUCGUUUCCUUUUUCUUCUUAAGUGUGAUUUUGGAGAAUAUCGGGCCUAAUAAACCUGCUUUUUGACGGCUUGUCACUCGAAGGCGGCAAAUUUCGUUAGGUUGGUUUUCAAAAAGAUUGGCUAGAUUUACAUUACCGACAACGAUCUGGUAUUCAUUCGGUUGCCAAUUGUGUUUUCAGGUUUCUAAACAAGCGUGAUGCUGUCAAUGGUGCGUAUGGUCAGUGGUCGUCAUGGGGAACAUGCAGCAGAACAUGCACAGGAGGUGUCAGGCGGCGCGUGCGUAAAUGUUCAAAUCCUCCUCCAUCAAAUGGAGGGCUCGACUGCAGAAGCUUGGGUCCAAGCGUAGAAAGCCAAGACUGCAACGUUCAAUCAUGCAAAAGUAAGGAGCAUAUCAACUUCCGGCUGACCCAACAUUGUCUGAAUUCUUAGUUGUAUAAAUAAAUAAAUCAAUCAAUAUCCUUGGCUUGCUAGAAUCUUACCAAUUGUGUUUAUCAUUAUAUUAAAUUAGAUGAACACUGACCGUACUUAAACUUCCAAUUUAAAUAGUUUACUGGUCACAAUAACUUUUGUAGUGAUGGCAAUGCAGACAAGUAAAAAGCGGCAACUUAUUAACUCGACCUAUUUAAUUUCCCUAUUUCAUUUUCAGUUACAUUUGGUGUUGGAAAACCUGAAUCUAGAGAUCUUCCCUUAGAGUCAACAAAACGAGACGAAAAACAAUCACAGCCGCUGGUGGCAGCCACUCCUUCUUUUCCACUACCAACGAAUGGUCAACAUUUGGAACUUCCAGUGAACAUAAAGCCAACAUCUGUCGAAAGCAAUAACAACAUUCAACCCAAUAACGACAAAGGCGAAUACGUAUCCAUGCCUAACAAAAAUAACCAAGAUAUGAACCAGGAAACUAGCGGAAAUCAACAAUCCAGCUCUAACCAAGAUGGUGAUCAGGUUAAGAUGCAACAAGGGAAGUAUAUAUCAAUGUCCAGAGAAGACAUUGACGCGUUUAAACAAGUGGCAACCUUUCAAAACUCAAAAUCAGGAUCGAAUGUAGAACAGGCAAAACAUUUGCAGGAAAGCCAAAAGCCAUUUAUGGACGGCAGAGACCAAGAGAAUUCUGCCCAAGUCCCCACACAUCAAAUGGCAAACAAAAAGCCACCACUCCGAAAUGGCAUGCAUUCGUCUUCAACAGCUUAUCCAAAGCCCGAUGCUGUCCAUGGUAAUGAUGACGUCGAGGCUGGUAUAAGUUCUUCGCAAAUGUCAAGUUCAGGGGAAGGUAUCACCAGUGAAAACUCCCCCAAUGAAGAUAACAGAAUCCAUAACAGCAGUAAUUAUAAAGGGUCAAAUGAGGAGGAUGAUAAGCAAUCUGAAAACAGAACUGACGAGGAGUCAAUGACGUCAAAUCCAAGUGGGAAAUUUCAUGACGAAAAGUCAAGGAAAAUAACUAAUGAAGGACAAAACCAAACUCAAAAAGGAUUUAGUAAAGUAGGUGAAUCGUUAAGGGUAACAGGUCCUGAAUUUCAGGGGAAAAUUUCAACGGAUAAUGAGCCGGAUGGAUCUCAACAUUCUAGCAAGUUUGAGAGUGGGUUAGAUGAUGCACGUAAUGUUGAGAUACAAAUGACUAGUAAAGGGACAAACAUAGAAAAACAGUUAAACAAAACGCGUCAAGAUUUCGGUAAUCAACCGCAGGUAGUCGAAGAUCAGGAACAACAGCCGAAAGGAACAGCUAAGGAAAACUUUAAGACCGCAGUUCAAGGUUCAGACCACGCUCCUGUAAACGUUGAACAAAAAGCCGCAGACAUACAAGGCCAAGAGGGCAGCAAAACUGCCAACAAAGCUCAGCAAACUUCGCUUGGAAAACAAUCCUUAAACCUUAAAGGAGACCAGCCGUCUGAUAAACACUAUAACAAAGACACUUCAGACGGCAGUGAAGAAUCACAGCCAAAGGCAUCCGAGGAAGAAAGACACGAUGAAGGGCGAGAAAAAGAAAGAGCAUCUUCGACGAAGAUCCAGGUCCAAGGGCCAGUAUCUCAACAAGGAAAUAAAGUUGAUGACUCCACACAUUCUCCAAAUAAAGCAGACGCUUUGUCGACAGAUGGAGGGAAGCCGGUUGACAACCACAGCCCACAACCAGCACAAACGUCUCCAAACCAAAAGCAAGACGGUGAAUCAAUGUCACAACAAGAGAGUACCCAGAACGUUCACAGCUCUGACAAAAUGUCAUCUUCAAAUGAGAAACCAAGUUCGCAGAACUUACCGGAAGGUGUAAAGAAUGACAAACAUGAGGGGCAGCCGUCACAGGAAGAAGGAGAACCAGUACCAAUAGUUGACUUGAACAAAUCUGGUGCAAUGAAUGGUGAAGAUUAUGGGCCAACUCCCAACGGAGAGUUUUCCGGUCCAGAUGAAAGCAAUUCGAUGCAAAGUCAGCCCCAGUCACCGGGUCCUGUGUAUGAUAAUGAGGCAAUACAAGGAAUAAGCGAAAUGUCUCAGAGAGCCGAUCAAAGUGUUUUUCAACAACAAAACCCCGGAAACCAGGCUGGCCCUGAUGAGAGCUCAGAAAUUGGAUAUGAUGAUAUGGGCUCACCACAAGCGUAUACGGGUGAAAAUGUAAGGGAUACACCCAGACAACAAAAACAAAAUGAAGCGGCAAUUCAAGAGCGAUUUCCAGACCAAGAAGAAGGUCAAGGCCAGGUUGGACUGACAUCAGACUACUACAAUACAGAGCCUGCCGAAGAUUGUCUAUGUCCAAAGAAAGGUGAUGGGUAACUUGCAGGAGAAAUGGCUUUUCAUAAACACCACUAGAUCAGAAUAUAUUUUAAAGGGGCUUAUUUACAGUGAAAAACCUAGUGCUACUGAUAGAUCGAUUUUAUUACCAUAAAUUUGGUGAGUCAUAUAUAGCUGGGCCAUAACUCCUAUAUUUAGCACCAUGAAUAAAAGCAAAAUUUCAGCUAUCAAAUUCAAAGGAAUCCCCAAACAAUGGGACUCGUCAAAUCAAAGACUAAAAUGAAAUUUUGUUACUUAAAAUUAAAAUUGAAAAUAUUAUACGCAAAAUGAAAUUUUUAUUUCGACCUUUGUCACUCGAUGUUGUUCGAUCGCUAUUUUCGUUAAUUUAAAAACUAUUUAACAAAAUCACUCUUUAACUUAAUUUCUACACAGAAUGUUCCGCAAAAGCUGACAUUGCCUUUCUGGUUGACGGAUCAGCUAACAUCCCUCAACCCUACUAUGCACGUGUUCUCGAAUUCAUCAAGAUCUUUUCCCGCGGAUUUGACAAGAGCAAUAUUCAUGUUGGAAUGAUGGCUUAUGGAGAUGAUGUCAAAACAGCUUUUGACCUCAAAGCUCUUUCUGAUUUCAAGCAGUUCGAUGAUUCCGUAAGCAUUGCUCCAUACAUAGGUGGAAGAGCGCACACAGGAAAAGCUCUUUCAAAACUGAAAACAGGGCUCUUUGCAAUGUCUGGUCGCCAGGAUGCACCAAGGGCCUUGAUACUUUUGUCUAGUGGAGGGUCUGCUGAUGAUGUUGUGGCACCAGGCGCAGAACUGCGGGAUUCUGGGGUUAAGGUCACGACUAUUGGUUUAGGGAAACAAGCUAAUGUUAGAGAACUGAUAACCGUUGCAUCAGAACCCAAAUCAGAACACGUGUUUACGGCAUUUUUGGACACACUGCCCAACGCUAUGGAUGAGAUUAUACAAGGCGUCUGUAGAGGUAAUCUCAGCUAUUCACUAGAUAUAGAGUACACAACGGUCUCCAUGAGAAAACAAAAACAUGUUUCCAGCAAAAUACCACCUGUUUACUGUUUGCCCUUUUUAUACAGCGGCAUCGCUUCUUGUGCUUAAUCUUCAUCUGCAACCCAAAUAGUCUAGAAACACAGCCCCUCCGAUGUCACCAAGCAAAGGUUAACAUUCGUCUUUACAUAACAACUAUACCAAAGUUUUUAUGCGAUAAUUAGAAGUGUAUUAGUUUAGUUCGUCGCAUGUGAGGAUAGGCGUUUGUCUCGGAGACGAUCUUCAAACGUUCUACCGGUCUGAAGCAGAGGGAUAGAACGUGUUGGACGAUCAAAACUCUUUCAGACGAACGUAACUGAGCCAGACGUCGAACUUUUCAUGAACUUAACUCACUAAGUUUGGUUCGUCCCAUGAAAAGCCCUCCCCCAAUCGCCUUGCCAUUCGUUGCGGAGGAUGGCGUUUCAGACUAAGUCUGUCACUUUUCUUUUAAAAGUCCAGGAUUUAAACAAAAGUUAAGUCUAUUUUUCUUAAUUCCUACUAGACGUAAUGGGAAUUGUGCGGGACAGACAGGAGCCAUGCACCUGUGAAACGUUCAGUGCUCAGGGUGCUCAAUCGAACGAUUACACUAAAGUGCCUGUAGACAAGGAUACUAAUGACGAGAGGCAGAGUACCCAGCAAAAGCAUGGUUCGUCAUAUCCCCAAGAUCAGAGAGACUUGAAAACUAUGAGAGUUCCACUUUACCAAAAUAAGCUGAGCCAAGGUUUUCAGCUUCCUAAUAGCAGUAACAAGGACUUUAAGAUCGUUGAAGUUGGUUUAAGUGCGGCUACUCCUGGAAGUGAUAACCGUCCAUUUAAUAAAAACUUUGGCCAACAAGGUAAUAACAAUAACCUCAAGCCCGCCAUUGGCCAUGGAUUUCGCCUGACAGGGGUUGAAUACAGUAAAGACAUACAAGGUGAAAAUCAAGACCAUGCCUUAGAAACAUCACAAGAUCCUGGUGUUCAAAUGGCCAGACCGUUUGGUAAUCGACUGCGACAGUCGCCUGUUACUAAUGAGCACUCAAUCGGCGCAGAUGACAAUUUAAUUCUCCCUGAUUUAAACAACGGUAAAAACAAACAUUUUAAAACCGACUUUUCAAAUCAUGAGCAGAAUCAUAUGGAUGGACCUCAGAUGCAUCGUUUUGCUGCCGGCCUCCCUGAACACUACAAACCCCAUGUUAAUGAUGGCGCAGACAAACUACCAAACCAAGAGGCAUACGGUGAACAUCCUGUUGAAUCAAAUUUUCUUUAUCAGAAACCAAGUCCGAAACAAGAUGAUACUUUUUCGCAGUCUUCGGUUGUAAAUCAAGCUCGAGGUCCUGGAUUACUUGUUAACUCUACCGCUUCUAUCUAUCCCGCUGACAAUGUUUAUGGAAGGCCUCUACAGCAGCAACGAAACCCCACAGCUAAACAAGGCGAUUUGACAUCAGAUUACAGAAGGCCAACCAAGGUUAUUGCUGUGGGGAAACCUACGGAGUACGUCAAUUCUUACCCACAAGAACAAAACCGACAAGGUGAGAUUAGUUUCUGCAAAUAACAUUUAGAAACAAAACAAAACAAACAAAAAAUAUAUACAAAAAAAAACCCAGAAAAUAUAACUUUUCUUAGGGGCUUUGUUGCGUUCGCCUCACCAUGUCAUUGCGGUUAGAUCUGAAUCUAACCGACUGCUCAGAGAUAACUGUUUUUACCCACAUUAAAAUUUUCUCAGUGCAAAGUCGAUAUAGGUUUGAGAGGGUUGCAGUUAAACGUAUUUGGCUAGCUUAAUUGAUUAGGGCCAAAACAGUGUAAUUUCCUGUUGUUGAUAUUAGUAAUCCCAGGAACCGAAUAAAGUCCUAUUUGUGGUGAAACAUCGCACUCUGCUCAAAUAGCUAACUUGGGACUCUGGCUGGGACAGACGGUUCCUAUCUCAGGCUAUCUAUGAUCGGUUUGGUGACAUAGCGUCAAUACUCUUAUAUUAAACUUUUAAAAACAGAAACUGUUAUUACCAAUUAUGACAGAUAUUUUCCGGAGGAACAGUCGUUUAUGGUCUGUCCCCUUUAGAAUUAAAAUUCAUUCCUCUCAGUGAUUGACUUGUUUGAUACAUAGUUUCCCUGACGGAAUAUCUUUCAGAAUGCUCUGGAGUUAACCUCGGAGUGGUCCUCGAUAGCACUGCAACUGUUAAUGGCCAAGACCUAAAUCAAGCUACAAUGAUGACGAAUUUAGCCAAGAAGGUUUCUCAUCUGUUUGCCUCAUCCCCAGCUGAGAAUAGCGUUGGCAUGGUAGUGUAUGGUGGUUCACCACAACCUUCAGUGGUCCACUUCGACAAAUUUCUGGAUCAAAAGACCAUGGAUGAAGCUAUUGAAAAUGCAAGCAAGCCGAGCGUUGAGAUGAAAAUUGGGAAAGCUCUGUCGAUGGCACAGCAAGAACUCUUCAGUCAGCUUUCUAUGUUUAAUCGCAAUAUAUUGCUGCUUGUUACAGAUGGUGCAUCUUUUGAUGACGUGAGUCGUCCUGCAUUGGAACUGAAAAGGCGGGGUAUUGAAGUUUUCUGUCUAGGUGUGGGCAAAGAUGUAAAUGAAGCACAACUUGACUUAAUUGCAUCCGACCCAAAGGAGAAUCAUGUGUUUUUGGCGCCACUUAACGAUGCUGAUGCGCUGAUAGGAAGAAUUCAAAAGGAGAUAUGUUUGGCAGCAAAUAGAGAAAGUAAGUUGUUUGUUAAGUCGAUAACAGCAUUGGCAACCACAUCACGAUCUAAUGUUCAAUUCAAAAUGCAUGUAAAUAGGCUCCUUACUGGAGCAAGUAGGGUUGAAAAAUAUAUAAAUAAACAGUAAAUGAUGACCAGUCAACCAAUCGAUUAAUCAACCGAUCAAUCAAUAACAAGUAGAAAUAUCAAAGUGCAGACUUGUCAAUUCGAAUUGCUGACAGGCCAUUUACCUGAUUAUUAAUGCCCUUACUAUGUCCUCAAAUAGAGGCUUUUGACAGGCUACGAUCAUUUCAAACGCCCCUUACCAGUUUUUUUUUUUUAGUAAAAAUUUCUGUAUUAACACCCGUGCACGCCGAAGCAAGGACAGUGAAUUCAGUCUAUUGAAAGUUCGAACGUUUGGUAUCCUGUGAACAGCUCUCUGGGUCUAGAAGAUAACUUCAUCCGGCAUCUACAUAUUCUUCGUCCAGAUCUGCUAAAAGAAGAAAGUUCGUCAGGACAGUGCAGUCAAUUAAAUCACACUGUUGUUUCAUGAAAUUGGCCUAAAUACUGUCUUGCAUUUUUUUUGUUCACGCCAUUUAGCGUAUAGUUGAUAACAGCCGGUGCUUUUUCAGGGAAAAAAGUACAAAAACGCACUUAAACUUGGAAAAGAAAAUUCUCAAAAGAAACAAAAACAACAUACAUAACAAUAGUAAUGAUAAUAAUAACGGUGAUGAUGAUGAUGAUGAUGACGAUAGGGCGGAAAAGCUAGGCUAAUGAGCUCUAAUGGAUCCGAUAGUAGUAAAUACUGAGCAAGGAAAAUGGUAAAAACGAACAAAAGGGUAACUAAUAUAAAUUAAGGAAAAUUCACUUAAAGAGAAGCAGUAUUAAUAUAAACUGAGUUAGACAUUUGUAUUCUAGACGUGCACAGCAUCAUGAUCUUUAUAUAUUUUAAAUUUCCUCCAGUUCAUUUUGCUGAUGCGUGUUUUAUAUGCAAGAGUAUGUUAUGUUAUGUAAAGAGUGAGCAACGCAAGGUACCAAUUGUAGAAACUCUGAAACGAAGAAUUGAUCAAGGAAGCAAGCGCCCUAAUAAGUUUUCGUUAAUACCCACCACCAUCUGUUUGGUUUUACUGCAGUAUCAUACAUUACAUCAAAUCAUUCAACUACUUUGUGCCUAACAGAUUAUGUCGCUCACGUUCGCGUAACAAAGGACAGCGAUUCACUAACACAUAACCCACCUUAUCUAGAUUUUAAUUGCCUCAUUACAAUGAGUAGCUACGGGCACAUUUACCGCUUAGCAUUAAUCAUUAAUAUAAGAAAGCUAACUGCUGUAGCUUUCAGCUCCUUUUGACUAAACUAUAAAUGGCUUUCCUUAAAACUAAUUGACGACAUUCGGCGUGUUUGCUUGCAGCUCGCUUCUCUACUCAGCGAAAGUGUCCUUCUGACCUUGGAUUUGUUAUCGAUGGCUCAAGAAGUGUCGAGGUUCUUGGAAAAGGAAAUUUCAAGAAAAUGCUGGACUUCGUUAAAAAUGUUUCCGUGGGAUUCUCCCCUGAAGACACCCGCGUUGGGGUCAUAACGUAUGGAACAGAGCCCCAACUGGUUAUCCCUUUCAACAAAUAUACCACACCAACUAGUCUGGCCUUUGCCAUCGAGAACAUUCCUUACCCCGGGACAUUUACCAUGACAGGAAAAGCAUUAACGCUAGCCAAUCAGAAGCUUUUCGAUAGCGGAAGUCGAAUUAAUGUCCCAAGAGUUCUAGUUGUUCUUUCAAAAGGUGCAUCAAAAGAUAACGUCCAAAAAUCGGCAGAGGCUCUGCACAAGUCUGGAGUGGCAGUCAUUUCUGUUGGUUUGGGUCCAAGUUAUGACAUUACUGAGCUGAACAAUAUUGCUUCAAAGCCUGUUGCUUAUAACGUCCUUAAAACUGAAUUUAAUAAUUUACCGUAUAAAGUAAAAGAGCUGCAAGACACGAUAUGCCAGGCUAUCGACAAUCAAAAACUACUUAUUUAA